GUGCCUGACGGCCUGCCCCGACGAGGUGUGGUCGGUCGUGAGUGUGAGUGAGUGCGGCGUAAAGUGGGAAAAGUUAUGUCUGCGUGACAGCGACACACAAAAAAACUGAACGCCUCAGCCAUGCCUACCAUCGACGCGGCGAGGCUCGGCCUGCUAUGUUUAUUCUUCGCAAGCGCCGUUUGUGGUCAGGAGUGUCCCCGUGGAUGGGUGGACUUUGGCCAGUCGUGUUACAAGUUCAACCGCUCUCCGACUCGGACGCGGGAUGGUGCCAAGGAGGCCUGCCAGGCCUACAACUGUGAUCUGAUCUCGGUGAAUACAUUUGAAGAGCACCGUUUUGUCAUCGACUGGUUGCGGGAGCAUGACCCUCAGCAUCGGAGAUGGUUCACGAGUGGUUUCGAGAGUGGUGACAACGUGUGGACGUGGGAAGGUGACAACGCCCAGUUCAGCAACAUUGACAACCUCUGGCUGCCUCAGCAGGACGGUUACCUUUGGAAAUAUGUCUCCUAUAACUUUUCUACUGAGCUGAAUCGCUGGGGUCUGCAGAAGGUAGCUCCAGGAGAUGAACUGGCAUUCAUCUGUGAGAUACCCAAGGAGCGUCUGUUCCAGAUUUACAUCCAGGAACGACCUCUCGACUUUGGCUACAUCCUGACCAAUCGAGAGGAGCUUCCUCGGGGCCCUUACUUUGUUGAGGAGCCCGAGGAGAUCGUCUUCGACCUCAGCGGCCGCAGCCAGACCAACGACAUCUCCCUGCGCUGCGUGGCUGAGGGAAACCCGCCGCCCACAUACCACUGGUUCAAGGAGGAGUACUCAAAUGACGAACUCCUAAACAUUCGCAUUGACCCACUCUCCAAUGGUCGGUACACUCAAACAGAUGGGACCUUGAUAAUUCAUAACCCUGAUCAGACCUUGGACAGGGGAAAGUACCACUGCUUGGCUGAGAAUAAGUACGGCAGGGUCUUGUCUCGCUCUGUUUCUCUUGGCUUUGGCUUCAUUGGAGAGUUCAACAAAAACCGAGCCAGUGACAGCGGCAAGGAAUUCUGGGGAAAGUCGGUGUCGUGCGACCCUCCGCAGUUCAACCCGGCAGUGCACUACUUCUGGGUGCGCAACGCCUUUCCGGAUUUCGUCCAGGAGGACCCGCGUGUGUUCGUGUCGCACGAUGGCAACCUGUACUUCUCGUCCCUGGAGAAGAACGAUGACGCAAACUACUCCUGCAACGUCCAGAGCCGCAUCUCCUCCACGGGUCGCACGGGGCCCUAUUUCCACCUACUCGUUGAGCCCGCCUCGAGCGGCCAGAAGCUGCUCUUUCCUAACAACUUCCCGAAGUCGUUUCCCGAAGCACCGCUGGCUGGCAAUGACGUGCGCCUGGAGUGCAUUGCUUAUGGAUAUCCUGUACCCAAGUACAACUGGACCCGUGUUGGAGGCCCCAUGCCGGUCGGGGCGCAGAUCAGCUCGCACGGCCGCGUACUCCUCCUGCCGCGUGUGCGCGUCGAAGACCUUGGCGAGUACGUCUGCAUUGCCAGUGCCGACCAAGACAGCGUCAGCAAGGGCGUCACCCUGAGCAUACAGGCAAUGCCCGAGUUCACUAUCCCGCUGGAGCACCAGGUGGCGGACGAAGGCUCCCGACUCACGUGGACCUGUGAGGCAUUUGGUAUUCCCGAGGUGGAGUACCACUGGUAUCGCAAUGGCCAAAUGCUCAACAUGGAAAGCAGCGACGACAUGCGGGCCCGGUACAAGGUGGAUAACAACAUUCUGGUCAUCGAGGACCUCAACCGUGCCGAUGAAGGCAUGUACCAGUGUUCAGCCACCAAUUCUCUCGGCACCAGCUUCACCACAGCACAGCUGCGAGUCGUCACCAUGGCACCCAAUUUCGCAAAGUACCCCCUGGACACAGAGAUGUAUGCUGCCGAGGAAGGCAACAUCACCAUCCCCUGCCGUCCCGAGGCAGCCCCAUUCCCAGAGUUCACGUGGAGACGGAAUGGCUACACCUUUCCACUCGGGGGCAGGACGCAGGUUCUCAACAACGGCUACCUGCGGAUCGAUCCGGUGCGCCGGGAAGAUGAAGGCAACUACACUUGUGUUGUCAAGAACCAGUACGGCACUGCCAGCAGCACUGGUGCCCUUGUCGUGCUUUCAUUGCCACGCAGUGUGGAGUCCCCUCCCCCGAAGGUGGUGGCCACGGUGGGGAGCCUGGAGGAGCUGCGCUGCCAUGCACUGGCACCGCACAUGCUCGACCUGUCCUACAUCUGGCUGCACAACGACCUGCACAUACAUCCGCACGAGUGGCCCCAGUAUGCCGUGGGUUACCGGCCAGGCUACCUGGUCAUCUACAACGUGAGCUUCGCAGAGGCUGGCCACUACACCUGCAUAGCCAAGACAUCGGUGGGAAAGGUGUUUGCCAACACUGAGCUGCUAGUUCUAGGUCCCCCGGGUCCCCCCGGUGCAGUGCUGGGCCACUCGUUCAACGCCACUUCUGGCUUUGUUGAGUGGGCCGACGGCACCAGCCAUGGCAGCCACAUAACAAGCUAUGCUGUCGAAGGUCGCACCAACCACAACGCCACCUGGAGGGAACUGCGGAAUGUCACGUAUGCCCCAGCUUCAAAGCAUCACACAUCAGGCAGACGAGAGAUCGAGCUUGGCAACGUGCUGUCACCGUGGAGCAAAUAUGAGUUUCGGGUGAUUGCUGCCAACUUGCUCGGCGUCGGUCAACCAUCUGAUCCCAGCCCACAGUACAACACGGCCGUGGACCGGCCGUACAUUGCCCCUCGCAACGUUGGCGGCGGAGGAGGCAAGGCUGGCUCGCUCACCAUCAUGUGGACGCCGCUGUCACCGGAGGAGUGGAACUCGCCAGAAGUCUGGUACCGUGUGUACUACCGGCCAUCUGGUGACCGAAGUGAGGCGAGAAAGAAGGACCUCCGCAAGCUGGGAAACGUGGGCCUGUACGUGGUGCCUGUUGGCGAGGAGAACUACUACUCACCGUACGAGGUUCAGGUGCAGGCGGUGAACGUGGUGGGCGAGGGCCCCAUCUCGGAACCAGAGGUGAUCUACUCGGCCGAGGGCAUGCCCCAGGUGCAGCCCUCGGGCGUGUUCGCCGUGCCGCACAAUUCUACUGCCCUGAACGUCACUUGGACUCCGCUGGACAUCACCCGUGAGAAGAUUCGAGGACGCCUCAUCGGACACCGGAUCAAGUACUGGCGCAGCGACCUGGACCCACAGCUGGACUCCCUGAUUCUGCUCAAGCGAGGCAUCGAAAACUGGGGUCUCAUCGUGGGUCUGCAGCCCAACACAGAGUACCGGGUGGCCGUCAUGGCAUACAACGAGGCUGGAUCGGGCCCCGAGAGCGAGUUCUUUGUGUCCAAGACGUUCAAGGCCGCGCCCCUGCGGCCCCCGACGAGCGUCAAGGUGCACGGCCUCUCCUACACCAGCGUGCGUGUCACGUGGCGAGGCGUGGUGCCGUCUAUUGAGGAGGAGUCUAUACAGGGCUACAAGGUCCGCUACUGGGAGGCAGACCAGGACCUCACGUCAGCCAAGGAGGUCUACAAGCAGCUAGACGGCGAGGACCUGGAAGCUGUUGUGUCAGGCCUGGUUCCUGGCAAGGUGUACAAGCUCCGGGUGCUUGCUUGGAGUUUUGGAGGCGAUGGAAAGAUGUCCUCGCCCCCUUGGGAGUUCCGCGUUGGUGAAGGGACAGCAUCUCCCUACAGAGCUGGUGCUCCUAUCACUGGCGGAAGCAUGCUGUUACUAUGGCUGGCCUUUCUCGUUACCAAGUUGUAGCAGAAGAGGGCUAGGGAAAUUGAUAUGCAAGUGGAGAGGCUCAGUACCUGGAGCAAGGACACAAGCAGUUCAACACGAGAUUGCAGCACCUGUCGAAAGAAAAGUAGCACGUCAUCUUCCCGCACGUCUCCUGGACCGUGGGGCAAUGCCUGGAUGUUAUCAUCUCUCGCACUGUGCUCAAGAGCCGGCAUGGAGCAGCCACGCAGGCAUAUUGUCGGCACUGUGUAGUUUGCGCUGGCUUUAGAGAACAACCGGCGCACUGGCUGCAGUGGUGUGGUAUACAUACUCCUGGUGAUCCGGACUGAAUGUAUCGGUGUCUACAGUCCGAGUGGAAAAGGCAGAGCGUACACACUAGCUGUGGCAGGAGUGACCUGAUGCGUCGAUUAAGCAAUUUUAUCGGUAAAUCAGAAGGGUCGGGGAGACCGACAAAGCGCUGAAUGAAUGCUUCAGAAAUUAUUGUGAUGGCGGCGACAGUUUUUUUUUUUUUUUUUUAAGCAGUGUCCAAGUGCUUUUUAUGCCACCGACUUGCCGAAGCCAUCUUUGUUUGACAUGCUCUGUGUGUUAUAGUGGCCCAAUUUUGUAAUAUUCUUCUUUUCCAAUUCAUCAUUUCUGCCGUCCAAUUCAUCAUUUCUGCCCUUUGUCACCAGCUCAGUAUGACAGAGCACAAAAAGAAAAGGAGUAUGAAUAGAAUCAAAAGAAAAGGACUGUUACAAAAUAUGGCACCUGAUCGCUGUACCGUUUCUGCGAGUGGUUUGUCGUCUUGCCACAUACAUCUCAGCGUCAAUGAAAAGGGAGUCCUGAAAAGUGUCUCAAGCUAGUUAACAUUUGACAUGGCACCAUGAUGGCUGGUUCUUUGAAGUUCAGCCUCAAGGUACAUGGUUGUGUGACUGGGUUUGUGUUUGCUGAUCGUUGCAUUUUUUUUUUAAAAAUGAAUCUCACGCCACACAAGCUGCCGAGGGAAACAUAUUACUACAAACCCUUUGUGUUCUUUUCUAGAAGAUGUUUUCUUGUCGCAAAAGAGUGAGGAGCGUUGAAGUUGAUUUUUCGGGCAUGCUCGUAAAGAUAGACAAUGCCUACGGGUACUAAUAUACCUGUGGUUCUUGCUGUCACUGAAUCACUGGCAGUCAUGUUGGUAUGGUGCCUACAGGAAUUGCAGUGUAACCAGGCAUUUGUGCACUGUAAAUGUGAGAGUAUCUUUUUAUUUUAGCGCCUGUUACAGUUGAGCAUUUCUAUAUUGAACUUUAGCACUUGGAAUUGCCUAUAUUGGACACUGGAUAUGAUGCCCGAAAAAAAAAAAAAAAGACGAAAUUGCACGUAAGAGCUCAGGAGCAGUGUAUGUCAGGAUUAAACUUCGCAGGUGAGACAACUUCAUUCAUUGAAAACUGUCUGGCGCACCGUGCCUCUCAGAGUGUGCUCUCCUUCAGCAUUUCACUUAUGUUUGUGAUGCCUCAUUUGUCCACUAUCACACACACAUACUUCUUUCUCCAUGGCAUUCUGCUGCUGAUGUAAGUGGGCAUGCAGGCCUAGUAUUGCUACAAAGGGCCUAAGAUUACUGCUGAUGUGCCCUAAUUUAAUUAGCGGUGAUGUCUUUAUUUCGAGUAAAGUGCUUUUGGAGCUAGUAUUGUGCCUUGCAAGGCCUGGCUGCAUGAUUUCAUGCUUCCUUUUGGUUCUGCUUUUGCUGUUUCUUUUCUUUUUUUCCUCCUAGCCUGAAGUGCUUAGUUUUCAUCUGGGUGACCUCUCCGACGAGUGGCGUCCAUUAGGAUACUUUCGGGUGGCCAUCUCUGCUGAAUGGUGCUCGUGGCACUACUUCCUGUGAAGGCAGCAACCUUCAACAUGCAGCCUAUGGCUGCCUGGCAGAUGUAAUCUUUGUCAAAAGUAUACGUGCUGUACACCGUGUUUUCCUCACAUAUUUUGGCUGUGUGGGGCAGUUUUUGUGGCAUUCCUAAGAGACACUCCAGAGCUCUGAAUGGUAAGCAAGAAAUCUCUUUUUGCUUCCCAGGAGACUGACACCUUUAGCAUACCACAGGAACUCCUUUAAGCAGCCCGUAGUCGCCGUGGCGGUCACAGGAAACGUAGCCCACAACUUCUGACAAAGGCUGUUCAUUGGCAUGUCACACGCAGCCGUCAGAUCGCACUUUCCAGAGUGCAUCCUGUGUCCAUUACAACUUUACAGCAGCAUGCUUUCAUGUAUUGAGUCUCUGGUAUAUACGUCAAAUAAUUUGUAAUCUCCUUCAGGUUCAGUAUAUUUGUGCUCGAAUGUAGGCAUUGACAAAAUUAAUGAAAUCUCAAGUAGAAAACUUGCAGCUGCAAUUUUUUAUGAAUCUCAUCCCAGCGACAUCUCUUGGAGUAUUUUAUCUCACUGUUUCUUGUUAUUGCAGCUUCCAAUUUUAGCAAUGGUGUAUGUCCCUUAUCUACAGGCAGUGUCUCGAAGACAGGUUGGCAGCAGCGUAUUUUGAAUCUCAUUUCAAGAUAUAAGCAGGUUGUGACACGUCCGCAAGAAUUUUCGUGGUUUUAGUUGUACAUUUUGUGCAGGUGCAAUUUUGAAACCAUUCGCCCAAAACGGAUUCAGGUUUUUGCCGAUGGUGUUCAGUCUCGCACAUUUUAGAGUUUACCCCGCAGAUGCAUCUGUACCACUUAUAUUAAGUUAUUUGCCGAGUCAAAGACUCCACAGAGAGAGAGAGAGCUGGACAGGUAAUCAAGAUAAGUACAUAACCUAGGUCCCUCGAUAGAUUCCUUUUGUUGUUGCAUCAUGGCAUUGUUACGUUGGCAAGGCAGGUAACGAGCCCACUCGCAUUCUUGCUCCAACGCUGGCGAUGUGUUUCAUAAUGCAUGUCUUGCCAGUUUUUCUCAUGCAGUCCUGCUUUCUCACAGCCGUUGUACAGACCCGUGAUGUUGGAUUCACAAAGCUUGCUCAGCCACACGUCAGCCUGGCAUUGGCCCUACUUUCUUUAUUAGUGGGGCAUUGCCUACAUGCAGGACCUUCAGGUAGCUAACGAUUAGCCUGUGGCAAAAGAGCUUGUGAUAAUUCAGAUCUGAAGUUUUGUGAUGAAGCCAGGUGGUUUAAAUCUCACAGGCCGGCUCUUCUUUACAGCAAUUUUAGGCUGCCGUCGCCUCCUAGUAUUGCAAGCAGCGUGUCAUUGUUUUACAUGGCGUGCUUUUAGUUCUGUACACUUUUUAUCGCUGCACUUUGUCUCGCGUAUGUAGGGCCUUUUUUGUUUUAUUUCUUGCAAUGCCGACGUGCUCGAGAAUUGUAUUAUUUGCCCGUCUUUCGUAGAAACAAGAAACCGCUCAUUUCUGCUAGGGGAUUGCGCCCUCAAGGUUAUGGCACGUAGAUGGGCCUCGUAAAGUAUGUGUCAGGUGUUUUGACAUCAAUGUGCAGGAUUUUAGUUGUACUUUGAUGCUCGAGGUUGUUGGAAGUGUUCAGUUUAUGUCUUGUAGGAUACAUAUUGAAAAGGGUCUAGUGGUUGCGGAUGUGAGUAAUGUUUGUGUGGUGCGGUUUCCAUUGUAAACUUCCGUCCUGGUUUCACUAAACCACUGUAUAUGUAGCUUCUGGAGAUCAAACCUCGGUUCUCACUUUUUUUUUCCUUCUUUAUGUCAGUUGUCCAGUACUGUGUUUUACGAUUAUACAUGUGUCAUAACUGCUGCACGAAGCCAGCCUCAAAGGCAUUACGCAUUGUUUGUUCGUCAGGCACACUAUAGUCUAAACCUGUGAACCAAUUAUUCAAGAUAUCACCUUGAUUAGUAAAAGGCAGGCUAUUUUACGUGAAUUGAUCACGUAAAUCGAUCUUGUUGCCAAGAUAGAAAAGAAAAAAACACCAGUAGGCUGUUAUUUGAAUUAGCCUAACGAGAAAUGCUUUAUGGAAACAUUAAAGUGAUUGUUUCAGCACACUUGUGACAAAUAGAAAAUUUUGUCGUCAGCUUGGUUAAAAAGAAAACGUGGCAAUAUUUUUGUUUGUCAUUGUCAGCAAAAAUACUUCUCAUUUAUCUGAUAGUUGACUGGCAAGGGCGCUUUUAACAGUCCGUAUGGCCACAAAGCAAAGGAAGAAAUUUUGUCCUUGCAGCAUUUGGUGGGCUUGUCACACAACGUAUAAAAAAAGUCAUUUUAAGCAAAUGAAUUAUCUUGUACCUCUAAUGAAAGUUAGGAACAUUAAAGCUUCAAGCUAUGUUGAUUGCAUCAAUGGCUUAUUGCCUGGUCAUAACAGUAGCUACUCUUCCUGGCUACCGUAAUUGGCUCAACUACGUUUGUGCCCAAAGCGGGUUGUGUAAUAUGACUUUCAGUUUCAGUUAGUGUGAUGGGGAUAUGACAUUUUGCCAUCUGUGUAGUGUACCCGCCUGCCCAUGGUGGGACGCAACACAAGGUACCUGUUGAUUCACUGCCACUAAGUGACUUUUGUCAUUCAACUGCGUAACUGCCUUGCCUUUAGAAGUGUGCGAGAAGGUCUUAAGUGUGUCUGGAUCUAAACUUACAUUCAUUCCUGUAUUCCGAUGCUUUUGAUGUGGAAUUUGCCAUUGUAUCAUGUUCAUUUCUUUGCAUCUCUUAUGUGUCAUUGGUUUAUGUCUUUUGUACUGAUGUUGCUUUGUGCCUGACAUGCUGAAAGGGUUGACAUAGUUUUUACGAUGCACUGAGCUGUCUCUUGAUGUCGUAGGGAUACUAUCAUAAUGGGGGAUGUUGAGUUGUAGCUUUUAAUUAGUUCUGCUAUUUUGAGCCUAGUGUAACUGCCUAAAGUGUUGCAGCAUCUUUCAUGAUUUCUUCAGGCGAGUGACUGUGCACUGUGGCAAACUGUCAUUGUGGACGGUCAUGACAUUCUUGUAAAUGGUGUGGUAAUACAGUUACUAGAAAUUCAAAUGGGUCAAAAUGAAUUCAGGGCCCAGGUGUCGUUCUCAUACAUUGAAUCCCAGAAAGUGUUUGUGUGCUUGAAUUAUCCAAAGUGAUCCGCUAUGGCAUGCCUGAUAAUUAUAUCACGGUUUUGGCACAUACAAUCCUGGAAUUAAUCAAUUUCUGCAGUGCUUUCAUUUUUGUUCAAACUGAGAAGACUUGUAAACUUGUGAAAUUAAAAAAAAAUAUUAGGGUACAAGGAGCCCUUGGAGAUUGAUCUUGAUAAACUGUGCAGUCUUCCUAAUCUGGUGAACAGUUUUCAGCCAAUCCUACCUCCAUAAUGAAUUACUCUAGCAGCAAAUUGGAGACUUGCAGUUUGAUCACACUUAUGUAAAUGCAGCUGUCAUUUCAGUCUAUAAUCAAUGUACCGAAUGUGCAUAACUUUUUUUUUUUUCUUUUAUGGGAGAUUGCCACUUUGCCAAGCAAAGUUGCAUCUGAAUGAAUGUGCAAGUUGUCAUUUUUUUAUAACUUUUUGCUUGUUUGUAUUGUUGAGAAAAUAAGAUGAAGUGUGUUUCUUGUAAGUGCAUUGAAAACAUUCCAGAGACUAUGUGUGAUUUGUCCAAACAGGUUUCACAUGUACAUAUGGCAAUACCACUGUGUGGAGGAAUGCCUGAUAAUAAAAGACAACAUAUUUUUCAACACAUUA